CAAAAAUUCCAAAUCCUGUUAGUGCCCAGUAGAUACCGAGCGCAUUCCAAAUAUUGUUGGUACCCAAUAGAUACCAAGACCACCAUCUCCUUUAUUACUAUUUUAAUCAACCCUCGCACAUCAUUUUUGUAGUAUAUAAAUAUGAGGCCAUGACAGUGUGGGAGUGAGUCUCAAUAUGAAGGCUCCUGCUGUGAGGCUCAGUUCAGGAAGGAAACUACCCCUCAUUGCCCUUGGAACAGCAGGGAUCCCCUAUCACUCUCAACAAAUUCAAACCUCCAUUUCCCUUGCGCUCAAGAUCGGGUAUCGGCAUUUCGACACUGCAAAAAUCUACGGUUCAGAGCCAGCAAUAGGGAAGGCCCUCAAUGAAGCAUUUGAUGAAGGCAUUGUGAAGAGAGAGGAAGUCUUUGUUACAUCCAAGCUGUGGUGUAGUGACCACCAUGAUCCAGGGGCUGCACUCAAGAGGACUCUCCAUAAUUUGAAGCUGGAGUACUUGGAUCUAUACCUGGUGCAUUGGCCUGUAAGGUUCAAGGAAGGGGUGUGUUAUGCUGUGCCAAAGGAGGAUGACUUUGAAAGGCUUGACAUGGAGCAGACAUGGCAUGCCAUGGAGAAAUGUGUGGAGUUGGGAUUGUGCCAUUCCAUUGGUAUAAGCAACUUCUCCUCCAAAAAGAUUGAAGACUUACUCUCUCAUGCUUCAAUCCCUCCAGCUGUGAACCAGGUGGAGCUGCACCCACUAUGGAGACAACAUAAACUUAGAGAAUUUUGUGCUGAAAGGAAGAUCCAUUUAAGUGCAUAUUCUCCAUUGGGUGGUCCCGGGAGUCCAUGGGGUUCAAAGGCUGUGAUCAAGAACCCAACCAUUGUUUCCAUAGCUCAUAAGCACCAAAGAACUCCAGCACAGAUAGCUCUACGAUGGGCCUUAGAGAGCGGGGUGAGCGUGGUGGCGAAAAGCUUUAACGAGGAGAGGAUGCAGGAGAACUGGGGUGUGUCAGACUGGGUGCUCGACGCAGAGGACCACUGCAAGAUCAAUGAUCUCUCUCAGAUGAAGUUCAUGAGAGGAGACUUCUUGGUUAACAACACCACAAGUCCAUAUAAGACCAUUGAGGAGCUUUGGGAUGGUGAGAUCUAAGUAAAUCAAGAGCAUUUGGAACAGGAAAUAUGUAUUUUUUUUUCUUUUUCUAAAAAAAGAAUAUGUUUUUUAUAAUUUCUUUUGUGUGUGUUAUUAGUUGAUUUUAU